AAAAAACAGUAAUUGAAAAAUAAUGAGUAACAAACAAGUAGAGCCUAGUUUGCAUACCUGGUAGUCGAUACACCUAGAAUAUCCCACCAUAACAGUGCCAAGAAAACUACUAAACAUGGGAAAGACCAAUUCCAACCCUGUCUCACAUGUUAGCCUACUAUACUUAUUCCAUACACCUUCUAUUAAUCCCUCACACACUCAUUCACACCACCUCUUCAUCUCUAUUUUCAUCUCUAAUCAAAUACACAUGAAAGAAGGUGAUCCAUGACAAAAACCCACCCCCUACUAGAUCCAUUCUGCCUAGACGCCUUUGUCUUUUUGUUGUUUGUAUUUUGGUACUAGAAUCUCCUCUUCUCUGCUCUGCUCUGUUGCUCAACCAACUAACAUGCCAAUCACUUUUCUCAUUCUCUUCAUUCUCUCGAAUCAUGCCUUCCUCACCACCGCCGAUGGGAACUCUCCCCCGCCCCUGCCUAUGCCGAGGACGGCUGCGUUGAAGCCGGGGAUCGCGGCGGCUCUGGGAAUACUCACCACUAUUUUCUCAAUUACAUUCUUGCUACUUCUGUAUGUGAAGCAUUGCAAAGGGAGCAGCUACGCCAAUGCCUCCCCGGCAUCGACGAGGGAUUCCGGGAUCAAUAGGAAGGUCAUCGAGUCCCUCCCCAUGUUCCGCUUCUCGUCGCUGCGCGGCCACAAGGACGGCCUCGAAUGCGCCGUGUGCCUGAACAAGUUCGAGGCGGAGGAGGUCCUGCGCCUCCUCCCCAAGUGCAAGCACGCCUUCCACGUCGAGUGCGUCGACACCUGGCUCGACGCCCACUCCACGUGCCCUCUAUGUCGCUACCGCGUCGACCCGGAGGACGUCCUGCUGCACACCCCUCUGCCCACGCCGCGCACCAGCGCCCCCACCCCGCCCCCCAGGGUCUCGGGGCGGCAUUCCUCCGCGGGAGAGAGGGGCGCCGCCGCCGACAAUGAUCUCCUCCGGGGGCGGGGCUCCCUCGACAGCUGGAAUUCCCGCCGGAAAAAAACUGGUAAUUCCGGCGGGAAGGGCAGGAAAGACGGGCAGCUGCCGGUGCAGGGAGACCGGCAUCGGCUAGAGCACCGGAUCAUAAUAUCCGGCAGCGGGGAGGGGGAGGAGGAGGCAGAGAGGCUGCGGCGGUGGAGCGACGUGCAAGCUGCAGAGUCGCUGUACCUGAAAUCGGAGAUGCUGCUGGAAAAGGAGAGUGGCAGCGCCGUAAUAAAUGGGAGAAGCGUGUCGGAAAUAACAGGGAUGAGUAGGUACAGGGGCAAUAAUGGAGGGAAGGGGAAGGAGGAGAGAGAGAAGGUUGUAAAGAGGUGGUUGGCCUGGAUUUCACAGUCCCAACACCCAGCUGUACAAUCUCCUCUUCCUUCUUUACCCAUUUAAUACUCUGUUUUUCAUACACAUUCAUAUCUCCCAUGUAUUGCAUUUCCAUGCACACAAACAUUAUCCAUUUCACAUUAUUAGUUAGGUACCCUGUCACUCUUUUCUACCAGUACUAUAAAUAUCAAUAUUCUACACACUAAAUUCUGGUA